UUUAGUUGGGUUCUAAUCACGCAUCUCUACUUUCAAUUGAUUCAGCACUUCUCCUACUCUCUUCUUUGUGUGCUUACAGCAGCCACAUACAUACCCAGAUCUGUCAAUUAAGAAGGGUAUCAUUAGACUCGGUAAAGAUGGAUAACCAAUUGACAAGAGAAGAAGGCACAUUGAUUGCCAUGGCAACAUUUGGAUCCUUUUCGCACAGCAGAGGCACAGACAAAGCAGCACAAAUUCACCACAUCAGGUUGCCAUUUCCAUUCUAUCAAUGAAGUUUGAUUUUUUUUGAGCAACAAUAAUAAGAAAGUAGGGUGGAAUAAAAAACCUGGCCAAAUUGCUCUGAAACCAUUUCAAACCCAUCCCCAAUUUCAAAUAGACAUGAAAGACAAUGGAGUGAGGAAACGACUGGAGCAAUGCUUGAGGAGGAAAGGAGUGGUUGGAUCUGGAGGCUCAAUCUCCGUUCUGAACACCAUGGAAGUCGCAAACCCUAAGAAAUGCAAGUGGGAUAGCUCCAUCGCACGCGAUAAUGACAACGACCUUUCUCUCUUGGAAGCCAUUAAGAAAUCUCAGAGCACCGUCGAUGUGCUGGACAUCUGCACCCUCGAAAAACUAGUCUUCUCCUUCAAGCGUCGAUUCAGAAAGAACAUCAAGGCUUGUGUCAAGUACCAAGACCAGUUGGAGCACGUUGCGGAUUCCGAGGUAGACCUCCAUGACGACCUUCGAAAGCUCAAGAUCCUCGUUGAAGCUCUCGAGCUAUACCCCAACCUUGUCAAUCUGAACACCAUCCCUUCUAUACUCAAUCUUUUGUUGCCUGGGUUCGCGAUGAACCCAGCGAACCCAGGCACAUGGGUUCGCCUUUCCAAAUCUGAUUUCCAUAAGGCAAAGAUGACUGUAGUUGAGGCUUAUGUUGGUGGGGAGAAAAUUGAUCCACCUGACAGCAGCUCACAAUUAUCUCAGACACUAACCUCAUUACUUAUUGAAGGCAUUGUACAGAAUUCAAAUGGUAGUGUUUUCACACCAGAGGGUGGUGGAGACGUGGAGGUUUCUGGAUCACCAACUGAGAAGGCAAUUCUUAAGUGGGGAAUCAAGCUUGGUAUGAAAUUUGAUGCUGUUAGAUCAGAAUCAUCUAUCAUUCAUGUUUUCCCAUUCAACUCAGAGAAAAAACGAGGCGGUGUUGCAAUAAUAUCGCCUGACUCAAAAGUACAUAUUCACUGGAAAGGGGCUCCUGAAAUGGUGUUAGCUGCAUGCACACAGUAUCUUGAUGCUAAUGAUAACUUUAUAGCAAUAGAUGAAGACAAGGUUGGAGAAUAUUGCCUUUGUUAUGAUAUGAAUACUGUAAUCUGGAUCGACCUUUUUAUUUUGGGAAUUGGCAAGCAAUUUCAUUGUAAUAAAGCAUAUUUACACUUACACCCGGGCAUACCCAAGGGAUCACUACAUCAAAAUUUCAACUGCAAAAAUUUCAGAAUCUCUCUACAGAACAACUGGCUUAGUCCUCACUUUACCUUGAAAGAUUUUUCUUGACUUUCUUUUCAGU